GUCUCGGGCCAAAACCGGGCAUCAAGACGAGGAGCGAUCUAUUCCGCUGCGACGAUCCCGCUCCGUCGAGGCCAGGCAGAAGACGCCAGGCGGCCGCAUGAAGCGUCAGGACAGCGAGACGGGACCCUCCGCCUUGCCGAACCAUCUGAACCAGGUCACUGCAGCUUUUACUGCUGCUGUGGAGACCCGGAGCAGCCAGGUUACGACUCUGCAGCGCUGCGUGCAUGGCAUCUCUUUGAUGCUUGGAGUGCUGUUUUCGCUCCUUUCCGAGCUGCCUUCCACGGAGAACUCCCAGCGGAUCCAGCGGCCCUCGCCUGUCUCGGGCCGCACCAGCGCUCCAGAGGCUCGCCCGACUCUGUCAGAGUCGGCCAUGGGGGUGCUCAAGGACAAGAAAUGGAAGAGGCCUCAGGACUUGCCGAACGCGAUUCGCUAUGAUUGGGAGCAGGACAUGGACAACGCCGGACUUCGGACUAUCCUCAACACUCCCGUGCUCAAAGAGCCUGUGAAGGUAGAUUUCGAAGACAAGCAGGCAAAGUACCACGUAGCCAUUCAUUUUGCUCCCCACUACCAUGCACUGCGGCAUUGGAUCUGUGGCGACGAUCUCAAUUUCGUCCGAUCCUUGCAGCACUGUAAUCCGAUUCAGACAUCUGGUGGAAAGUCUCGUGCCACAUUUCUGAUGUCCCACGACAAGCGGUUCCUCCUCAAAGCCAUCAACGAGUCGGAGUUCAAGAAGCUGAACAGCGAGGCCGAGAACCUCUUCUGGUACUUCGACAAGGUGCUUUUCGACAAGUGGCCCUCGGUGCUGACGCAGGUUAUCGGGCUCUUCUCUGUUUCGGCAACCAAGAAAUCGCAGAAUUACAAAGGCUAUUAUGUGGUGCAGCAGAACCUUCGAUACAGCCUUCGUGGCACGUGGGCCUUCAUCUUCGAUCUCAAGGGCACUGGAAAAAAUCGCCGUGUCCAAGCCACG